UAUACAAAUAUGUCAAGGAUGUGGGACAAAUGAUGACUGUACUACAAGUUCAAAUGGUGUCAUAUGUGUAAAAAAAGAAAACGUUGGCUUUUGUAACGAGUGUCUAGAAGACAGUGACUGUACAACAAAUGACAAACCUAAAUGUAACACUGAAACCAACCAGUGUCAAGAGUGUUUAACAAAUGCUGACUGUGUAGUGCCAGAACUUUCAAUGUGUGUCCCAGAUUCCUCAAACAUGCAUAAAUGUCAACAAUGCGGUAACAACACACACUGUACCAAUCCGGACCUUCCACUUUGUAUGCUACACCAAGGUAUCAUGAAGUGUCACGAAUGUGUGUCUAAUAAUGACUGUAAUGAAAAAGGAAAGCCAUUCUGCAAGCCACAUGAAUCUACUGGAAUAAUGGUCUGUGGGGACCCGCAUGUGAGGCAGACAAUAAAGGGUGUUGCCAAUGGAUACAAGUUCUGUUAUAACUUUUGGGGAGAACCAGGGGAAACAUACCUCUUCUUAAAGCAACAAAAUCUAGAAAUCCAGUCAACAUUCAUAGAAGCCUCCACAACACAAGGUGGAAAUAAAAAUAUAGCAAUGUUUGUUGGUGACUUCCUUCUGAGGCAAGGCUCAUCCCUAAUAUACAUCAACACUGACCAUGUGCUGAUUAAAGACAGGGGAAAGGAGAACAAAUACAAGUGGGAUGAGGCCUAUAUUAUGUUGAGCAUAGGCUAUGUACAUAUCAGUGGUAAUCACAUAAAUAUCAUGAUGAAUGAUGACCAUCUUGUUAUUGCUGUGAUGAGGGCAGAAAGGAAGAAGCACAAAGGAUCAUACUUAAACUUUGGGAUUUCAGAGACAUCAGCAUUAGAUGAUGAUGCAGGGGGAAUCAUGGGUUCUAUAGGUAGGCAUGCUUCACUGAAGAGGGCAAGACAUGCUACAACUGGUAUAGUGAAAUGGCUUGAUCUGGAAAUCGAAGUAGAGAGAAUAAGCCACAAAUGCUGGCAUGUAACAAGAGAAUCUCAGCCUAUUUUCAUAAAGAAACUGGACAUAUUUAAGGUUGUAAAUGAAAAUGAAUCUGGUAGGAUUAACAAAGAUCCAUAGGUUUGUGAAUAAAAAACAUUACCUCCAACAUCAGAAUGAUAUCAAAACUACAAAAUGGGAAUCCCAAUUUAGAGAGGUAUACGUCAAAGACUAUCAAUUGAUAAA